AUGACGGCCUCGUCUGUCUUCUGGCUGACCGCCUGCUUGGUCUUGGCAGCAGGCGUUGGUGCUCGGCCUGGGCUUCUUUCAACCUCUCCCAAGCAUGAUGCCGGAACUCCCUCCGUCCCUGUACUGCAUGAUGCGUCGUCUGAGGGAUAUCUUCCAGGCAGUGCAUCUGAUGAACAUCUGGAUGACGUAAUUUCCUUAGAUGGUGGCCUGGAAAACUUGGUUGCCCUUACCCCUUCAGACAGUGAAAGAGAUUUCAUGGUUUCAAACUAUACACUUACUGAUUCGAUUAGUGAAUAUAGUGACUUCAAUGCUAGUGAUUCUUCAGGUGAUACAGUUGAUAAUCACCCCUUGGAAAGUGACUUAGAUCAUCCCCCAAGCAAUGAAUCAGGGGAUCCACUACCUUCGAAUGAUGAAUCUCAGUCUUUGGCCACGUUGCAUAAUGAAACAGAGAUCGUGCCAUCUGCUAAUGAAUCUGUGGACCCCCCAUUUACCAAAUCACUGGAAGUCAAUUAUCCUCAAAGUGAAUCGCAAAAUGCCUCCCAGUCGCGGAACAUAUCGAUGUUUUACAUUCUAUCAUUCGAAGAAAAAGAAGAUCCUGCCUUAUCACAAGAAGAUACGCAGGAUUACUUAGUUAUGAACGAAAAAAUCGAAGAGUCUGAUUCAGAGGCCAUGGGAGCUUCACAAAAUACAUCGGACGACUCUCUCUCUGCACAGAUUCCCGAGAGUCAUAUUUCUUUCUUUGAUCAUUCUAUGGGUGGUAUUCCAACAGAGGUUGCUUCCGAGAACCUAGUCGCAUUGUUCUGGGCUCCCGAAAACAUGAUAUCUACGCAUAUAUCGAGGGAGCGAUCGGUGUCCCUGAAUGCUUUUCCUGAGGCUUCUGGCAGUCCUCAUAAUGCUUUACAAAAUCCUGUUACGCCACAGAAUUUUCCGGGUAACCAAAUUCCUUUCCAGAGUGCUCCCGAUGACCAUAAACCGCCACAAAUCAUUCCAAUUAAUCCGGUUAUUUUCUUUAAUGAUCAAGACGAUCAUAUACCUUCCCAGAUUCUGCCAGAAUUUUCUAUUCAGGAACAUGAUAUGCCAUCAGGCCACGUUCCUUCACACGGUAUUUCUGGAGUUACGUCUUCCUCGAAUGUACAGAUAAAUGCACCUUCACAUGGACCAAUAGAUCAUGACCAGGGGAAUGUUGCAGAUGUCACUGUACAAAAUCUCUCCGAUCAUGGCUUUUCGCAUGGUACUUUUGAGGAUAACGCUUCACACACUUUUCAUGUUAAUGAUCCUUCAAAUACUGCUGGGGUUAGUGUCGCUCCGCAUGCCGUCCAGGCAGAAGUCCCUUCACAUAAUGCUCAAGUCGAUAUUACUUCACACGCUCCUGAAAUUGAUAUCCUGCACCUUGAUAAGCAAGUACUAGAUUCCCCUUCACAUAUUAGUGCUGAUGCCGUUUCACACAUUAAUUUUGGGGAUAAUCCUUCACAUACUAUUCAAGUUAGUGCCCCAUUAAAUACUGCUGGAGUUAGUGUCUCUUCACAUGCUGUUCAUGCUGAUGUCCCUUCUCAUAAUACUCAAGUCGAUAUUACUUCGCAUACUCCUCAAGCUGAAAAUAAAGUACCAGAUGCCGAUGAUACUACUUAUAGUACUCAAGAUGUCUCUUUACAAAGUAAACUAGUUAAUGUCCCUUCUCAAAUUACUAAUGAUGAUGCAUCUUCGCUUAUUACCCAGUCGAGUGUCCUUUCACAUAAUGUCCAACCUAAUAUUCUUUCUCAUGAUAGUAUAGAUGUCAUAUCUAUUACUCAAGUCGAUGUCCCUUCACAAAGUACUCUAGUUGAUGGCCCUCCUCAUGCUGUUCAAGUUGAUGUCCAUUCUCAAGAUACUCCCUCUGACGCCCCAUUCCACGCCGCUCUAACUGAUUUCCAUUCGCAGAAUGUUCCAGUUAAUGUUCCUCCUCACCUCACUCCCUUACAUGGUGAUCUUCCUUCUCAGAGUGCCUCAGUAGGUAAAGCCCCUGUGAAUAGCAUUUCAAACGUGAAUAUUCCUUUACAGAGUGCAGUUCCAGAUCAUAACCUUCCACAUAGAUUUUCUGACCAUGAUAUUUCCCAGCACAGUUUAUCUGAACACGGUGUUCCUUCUCCAGUAAGCGAAGUUCCUUCAGCUGAUUUUUCUAAACAUGUCCCAUUAGUUCUAAAUCCCGAACAUGUCCCUUUAAUUAAAACUCCUGGGGGUCUUACCCACAAUGAAACUUUCCCACGAGAGCGUGAGCACAGUAGAUCUGAUGAUUUCCCUUCAAACAGUAUUAAUGAGCACCAUGACUCUUCACCUAAAAUCUUGAUAGACCAAUUCGCUUCAGAGAACGUUCCACUGCAUCGUGUCCCUUUACAUGGUCAUCAGAUCCAAUCAGCGAGUUUUCCUGUAAAUCAAGACACUUCACACAUUGCAUCAAAAGAUAGCCCAGAAAUCAUUUCCGGAAGCCUCGUUCCACAACAAAGCGAUCCAUUUGAUCAAGCUAACUCGAAUGGUUUUGCUGAAAGUCAUUCCCUGUCAUCUAAUGUCCAAGAAUAUCAUGCAUCAUCUGUCAAUUCUCCAUCAGAUUUUGCUACAUCAUUUGAGCCUCAAAGGUUUUCUCCUCAGGUCGGUCACUCUAAUGCUCUUGGUGAUUCUAAUCCUCUACAAGGUGAUGCUGUAGAGAGUCCACAUAUAUUCGACAUUGCACCUCAUGUACCAUCAAGUCCUACCCUUUCUCACGGUUCUUUCUUACAUACCAAUGAGCAGAAUCCUCGUCAGCCAUCACAGAAUGUGAUACAUCAUAACUCAAACCUUAGCUCACUAGAAAGUAACUUUUUAUUGGACAAUGCCUCAAAACCUGCAGUUUCUCAGAAUCAACCGCAUGAAGCGAUUUCUUCUUUUCCGGAACCACUACUUAAACCUGUACCCAUUAGUAACAUCCAUUCGGAAGAAAUCUCUUCACAUCAAAGUCUGUCACACACUUUCCCCCCACGCAUCACACACCACAAGCCCCAAUCGGAACCUAGACAGAACCAGCACUUUCAAUCAGACCACCCACAAAAUGUCCAAGUUCAUCAAGCAUCUUCUAAAAGGCCGUCUUUUGGCCCUAAUUCAUCGCCUGCAAUUCCACACACAACAGCUUCGGACGAAGAAGAGGACUCUAAGGAAGACAGACAGCCCGCUGAAUAUGCCUUCACCUACGUCGCGCAGGACGAGAACACUGGCCGCAACUUUGGCCACGAGGAAACCCGGCAAGGGCACAGAACUCGGGGCUCCUAUUACGUUUCCCUCCCUGACGGCCGAGUUCGGAAAGUGAGCUACUACGUGGAGCCCAACUCAGGCUUCGUGGCCAGGCUAAGUUACGAAGGAGACGUCAGCUACGACCGCAAGAACGCGGAGGAACGUGAGCAUCGCCGUGGAAGCCAAUCUGUGGAGCAAGAUUACCCGAGCGUUCCUGAACAGCCUCCCGACGUUGCUUCAUAUCAAUGA